GUUCCUGAUCUGGCCAUCAUCCGCUGGCAUCUGCGUUUUCCUGGCUUGUCGUCCCUGCAUCCAACCGAGAUACGAAUAUAGCAUAUACACAAUGGCCGCACCCAAAGCAAAAGCAAGAACCCUGAUCGUGCGUCUGGUGAGCACCGCCGGUACUGGCAGCUUUUACACAACUGUGCGCAGACGAUUGCUGCCCAAGCUCCAGUUGAUGAAGUUCGAUCCUAAAGUCAACCGACAUGUGCUUUUUGUCGAGUCGAAGCAAAAGUAAUACAAAGCUCCCCACAAUUGCGCAUA